AUGCCUGCAAAGGGAUGGAAACCAAAAGAAAGAAAGAAAGGGUACAGAAGAUUCUUAUGCGCUCCACGCAAGGGUAGUGGGAGGAAGGUCCGACAAAAUCAGGAUAUUCCAAGACAGGAAAUCGAAGCUAUUGUCGAUGUUGAUCAUGCUGUUUAUGGUGAUGAUGUUCUUAAUGAAGGAUUUCUCGGCUUUGAUGUGACUCCACCACAACAGUCCAUCAAAGUUUUGUCUUUAUUCGAUGGCAUAGGAGCAGCUAAAGUAGCGCUUGAUGCCGUGGGAAUCCAAAUAUCUGAAUAUAUUUCAAGUGAAAUAGAUGAAAAGGCCAUUAAAGUCCUAAAGUAUCAUUAUCAUGACAAAAUGAAGAUGGUAGGAUGCGUAAAGUCGCUAACAGAAGAUAAACUGUCUGAGUUUGGAUCGAUACACCUUCUCCUCGCUGGAAGCCCAUGCUCUGAUUUCAGCCUUUGCAACCCGGCUAGAAGAAAUUUGCAUGGUGAGGGUUCAACUGGUCAGCUAUUUUUUGAAUUCAAACGCAUAUUAGAUUAUCUCACUGAAGCUGCCAGAGUUCAUGGCCAUGAUUUUUAUUGGCUCUUUGAAAAUACAUUCUCGAUGGAAAAAAACACAAAAGAUGAGAUAUCAAGUUGCCUUGGUUGCAAACCCGCUAUCAAAUGCGCUACAUCCCAUAGACCAAUGAAAAGAAAGAGAUGUUUCUGGGGCACAGUUCCAGGAUUAUAUUCUCCAGAAGACACACCAGUCAAUCAUCAAGUUCUGCAAGACUAUUUAAAGCCCUAUCGGAAAGCAAAUGUCUCAAUCUUACCUACACUAACAAGCUCUUCAUAUUCCCAACGGAAAGGCCGGAAAUUGCCUAUAACUGAGGAUGACCAAGAUGGCUACUUGUACAUCACAGAAGAAGAGUCAAUCUUUGGGUUUGAAGAACAUUAUACAGAUGUUAAUUUAUCUAUUACUGACAGACGACGACUUUUGGGUCGCUCUUGGUGUAUUCCUGUUAUAAAAUCACUUCUUCAACCCCUUGCUGAUGUACUGAGAGAAGGUGGCUUCAGGGUGUAG